AUGCCCACCCUCUACACCAAGGACGAGGUGGCAGCUCACAACGUAAAGGAGAACGGCUGGCUCAUCAUCAACAACUCCGUGUACGAUGUGAGCAAGUUCUACGAUGAUCACCCUGGAGGUCGAGAUCCUCUGCUCGCUCACAUCGGCACCGAUGCCACAGAGGCUUUCGAGGCGGUAAACCACAGCAGAGGUGCCAAGUACAAGCUAGAGGAGCUCAAGGUUGGCGAGCUGUCUGAAAAUGAGCGUCGCCACUACAUCUCCCUGGAGCAGGUUGCUGCCAAGAAGUCCGCCAACGGUGCUUGGUUUGUUAUCAAUAACAAAGUAUACGAUGUGACCAAAUUUCUCGACCUGCAUCCCGGUGGCCGCGACAUAUUGCUCUGCAACGCUGGUGGUGACGCGACUCAGGCCUUUACGGACAACGGGCACAGUCCCGCUGCCUACAAAAUGAUGAGCACCUACGCCAUUGGCGAUCUCGAGCCAAGUGAGCGCAAGGUUUUCGUGACCCAAAAGGCCACAGGCGAGCGGAGCGGUGCUACCACCGCGAUGGUUGGCGUGAAGAGCGGGAACGAAUCCCUACUUAUCCAAAUCCAGCAGCAGCUGAAGUUUCUCAUCAUCGUGGCGCUCUUCAUCAUUGCGGGCGUGUUUUUUCUCACUUAG